UCACAAACCGAAAGUAAACAACAACAACUAGAUUUUACACAUUGAUCAAUCAUUUCCAUUCCAAAAAAAUAUCUGGUUUUAAAAUUUUGACAGCAUUUGGCAUGGGCAUUUCUGUAGCUUAAAAUUCCACAAAACAGAUUGUCACUUAUUUGAACUCCCAAGUAUGGAUUGUCUUCUACUUGUUGUAAAAAAUGAUUGUUCAAUGUAUAGCUGUAAGUUGAUGGUACUUUGCUGCGAUGAAUUGACAUAAGUGCGAUUGUGAAAUGGCAACAGAGGGACAAGUGAAAUGGAGAGGCAAGAAGUCUGCCAUGGGAUGUCUACACUAUUUGUGUCUGUCAGAAACCUUAGCUGACGUCUGGCUUACUUUUAAAGAUGAAGGAUCAGCAAGACUGCCAGCCCAUAAGUUUGUUCUGCGGAUGCGUAGUGAGGUGUUUGAAGCCAUGAUUGACAGCGAGUCAUUUGAGGUUCAUUUUGAUGACGUUAGCAAGGGCAUUAUGGAACUUCUUCUUAGGUUUCUUUACACUGAUGAACUCCACCUUAAUGAGGAGAAUGUUUUCCAGUUGUUGUAUGCCGCAAAGAAGUUUAUGCUAGAAGGUCUACACGAGCAGUGUGUCCAGUUCCUUUUGAAAUCAGUGGAUGCAAUAAAUGUAUGUGAUAUAUAUGAAAGAGUACAGGGUUAUGAUAUGGAGGAUCUUGUAUCAACAGCAUGUUUGGAGUAUAUCUGGCGCCAUGCAUGGAAGGUAUUCACAACUGAAAACUUCCUCAAACUGUCAACAAAAAGUUUAACAGUAAUAUUAGACAGUGACAGUCUUACAGGGGAAGAAAUACUAGCAUUCAGAGCGGUUGUGAAAUGGGCCGAGAACCAGUGUAUAUUAAAUAAUGAAGAACCAAGGCCAGAAAAUCUUCAGACACAUAUUAGAGAUACAGUUUACAAGAUUCGAUUUCCUUUAAUGUCCAUUGAAGAGUUCACAGAAGAGGUACAACCUAAGUGUGUACUUACUCCAGAAGACAGUUUAUUUCUGUCUCAGUAUAUCACGGAUAAAGAUGAUGACAAAAACUUACGGAUAGAAAAGUUUAGUGCUAACCCGAGAAAUGGAGGAAUAAUGACUGAAAAUAUUUUUAAUUCUUACCCAGAUCCCGAUCGUGUCCCAGGUGGAUUUGACCAAAAAUGCUGUAUGUUUAUUUUGACUACUGAAGAUAUACGGUUACAUUCUUUGAAAGGUCCAUUGAUAAAAUACAUCAAGACUGUUAAAAUGAGCAUACAGCCUCGUUCUAUGGGGGUCAUGUCAAUGUACGAAACUUGCAAGAAAAUGUUGGAAACUGAGGAUGUAUGGAAGCCUGUUGAUUAUUCAAUAUUGGAAGAAGAUGGUGAGAUUAUUUUCACACACAACCCAAUAUUAAUGCCAGAUAGCAUCACUUAUAUGAGAUUUGAACUGGUUCAAAGGCUCUGUGGUGAGGGACAAAAUGUGGACCCAGUAACACCCCCAUUGGUGGGCCAAGCUCGGGGAAAGAGGGCAAGAGGUGCAGGAAGACAGAAUAGGGGAGAUAUGAUUCCUGUUACUAAAGCAACAAACAUGUCAUUGAUUGUAAAAAAAACUACUGUAUCAUUAACCUUAAUCCCUCCAGGAAUAAGCCAGAUAUCUUUUCGAUAAAGAGAAGAAUAUAUUACUGGGGCUCAACUAGUUAGCUUACACAAAUACCAUAAGACUCCAGAUCAAGAGACUGCAAGGCUGGUCCUUGCAUUUUAUGCUAUUUCUCUUCAGCUGCAAUAUCUUGUACAGACAAUUUAAACGUCCAAGGUGUGAUUGACACUUAAUCACAUAGAUAAAAUUAAUUGCAAUUGGAAUUACUUACUUUGAGAAGGAGAAAAAAGGUACAAAAGCCAUUUAUAAGUGUACCUUCAAUUUGUAGGCUACAAAGGACUAAUUAAAUAUCAUUUUCCACUGAAUAGUUGUUUGUAACAGUGUUUACAAUACAACAGAGCAACAAUUUAAUAUAAUUGAAAGAUUUUAUCAAACAGACAGCUUGAAUGGAUGCAAUCAAGAAAUCUGCAAAAUAUACUCAUUUCUUAGAAAGGGAAUUAUUUAUGACAAAUUAAUUAUUGAUAUUAAUUUCUGUACAAAGUUAUCAUAUAAGCUUCUAUAUUCGAAGACAUAUAUUUUAGAUUCAAUAUAUUUAGAUAUUUCUAUUCACUUGAUGGUAUAAAGAAAACUGCCUGAAAUAAUUUACUCAUAUCUUUUUUAUUUUACCAUUUAUUCCUUAGAUUUUUCUUUAGGGUCCUUAUUGUACCCUAAGUCACCCCUUAGUGGUCCUUAGUGCUCAAUUAGAGGUCCUUAGUGGUCCUUUGUGCCUCCUUAGUGGUCCUUAGCGGUCCUUAGUGGUUUAUUGCAGGACCGGUACACAGUGCUGUAAACACUGUGUUUCGGCCCAAUCUUAAUAAAACAGGAUCAGAAAUAAAACAGGAUCAGGAUGUUUGCCUUUAAAUAUUAUCUAAGUAUGUUUGGAUCAUGAUCUUGUGUCAAAAAAUAGAUCUCUAUGUUCAGUUACAUCACAAAACUUUGCAAACAGGUCAGGAAUCACAUUUUUAUCUGAUCUGCAUGUUACCUGGUUUAAAUGUUCAUCUUGACUUUAAACUUGCCAUAUUGGUAGAUGGCCAUGAGGCAGUGUACAAAAUACAUGAACUAGGUCAAGGUCACAAAUGAUGCUCAAGGGUCAGAUUUGUACUUCAUACAACUUCAACACUAUUCAAGUAUAUUCAGAACUUGGCCAGUAGGUCAAAGGUCCAUCAUUGCCCUUGUUUACAAACUUACCUACAUGAAACUUGAUCAGAAUAUUUCUCUUCAUUUAUGCAAAGAAGUAUAAAAUUUUUAUAGCUCUUUGAUUUAUGUCUGUUUUGAAACUGGAUCAUCUAAAAUCAAAGACAAGGACACAGUGUCAAACCAUAGAAAUUCUGCUUGGGAUCAUUCUGUCAGAUGGUUUGUCUUACAUUAUCUAGGUAGUUAAAUUUGAAACUUAGUCAUUUGGGGCUAAAAGCUGGGAAGGCACUCAAAUAAUGGAAAAACCUAAUGGACGUUCUGAAUAUGUCAGAUUUUGAACCUGAUUUUAAAUGAAAUUGUCUUUAUAAAAUCAAAUCAUCUGCAAUGUGCAGUUUAGAAACUGGGCUAUCUUGGUAUUAAAACUACGUUGCUAGGUAAUAUGAUAGAAAAAAUAUUUCGAGCUCGCAUUUUGAGAAUUUUUCACCAUACAUAAGAAGGUGAAAUUCACACCACAUAUAAUGCAUGCAAACCCUAACUCAAAGAUCAAAAAUUAUAUUAUUCAUAGUUUUAGAUGAAUUAUAAUUUCAGGUUAAUAUUUCCAUGUAUAUUUCAUUGUACUGAAAAGAUUCGAUUCAUUAUUGGUAUCAUUAUAGUUGUUUCCCUUCAGCAGUUACUUCAUGUAUAGGCAGUGUUAAUAUAACUUAAUGGACUUGAUUUGAACCACAUGUACGUUAUUAUCAAACAUAUAGAAAUGUAUUACUAUGCCUGGACCUAUAUUUAUCAAUGUUUAAAGUGUGAAACUCCGACUUUAAAUUGCAAAAUUUCCUUUUUGCUCUGUUAUUGUUGAUUUUGCUUAGAAAGUAAUUAGUACUGGUAGAAGAGAUUGUUCUUUUUCUAUCUGUAGCUUUAUCAACAUAUUUUACCUUGGGAAAUUCUGUUGCUUUUAACUUUUUUAAAAAGUCGCCAGUUUGUUGAUAAAGUUCACUACAGAAAAUGUCACUCUUUCCCCAGAACUUUUCUUGGUUUGAUCUUUACACACUUUUCUUUUCAAAUUAUUGCACGACCACUGACGAAUUCAUCUGUAGGAAUCAUGCAUGCUUUUCUCAUCAGUGUUACCCGAGCCUACAAUAAAGUUUUAGCGGAGUUGUCACCAUCAAUUAUUGGAGUGGGAGUGGGGGGGGGGGGUGCGCACUUUGAGUUGCCCUUGUCUGCCUGUCCGUCCGAACUUGUGUUGUGCCUAUCUCAAAAAGUAUUUGACCCAGAGUCAUCAAACCUCAAACGAUUGUCAUUCAGUUUGUGAAAUUGUGCACCUGACGUUUUAAUUGUGAUUUCUUACAGCCACACCAGAGUUAUGACCCUUAACUUGGUAAAAAAAAUAUGCGAGAAAUAUUCAAGAACCUUGAAAUAUGUGUUGCACGUAUCUACGGAUCGUGGGGUCGGGAGUUCGAUCCUCGGGCGGGGCGUAUGUUCUCCGAGACUGUUUAAUAAACGACAUUGUGUCUGAAAUCAUUAGUCCUCCACCUCUGAUUCAUGUGGGGAAGUUGGCAGUUACUUGCGGAGAACAGGUUUGUACUGGUACAGAAUCCAGGAACACUGGUUAGGUUAACUGCUCCCCGUUACAUGACUAAAAUUCUGUUGAAAAACGGCGUUAAACCCAAAACAAACAAAGACCGUUACAUGACUGAAAUUCUGUUGAAAAACGGCGUUAAACCCAAAACAAACCAAGACCAGAGUAAUGGUCCUUAACUUAGUGGAAAAUACACAUGCUUUAAUAAAGUCUGUGUUGCAUAUGUCAAAACAAUAUUUGACCUAAAGUCAUGAAACAUAUUCAGCAUGUAUAUUUGUGCCCCUGGGUUUAAUGUUUCCGAUUUAUCGCUGCAAAACCAAAAUUAGGACCCUUAGUCAAACAUUUUGGAUUAAGGGCAUAAAAGUUUUUGUCACACAGGUAUCCCAAAAAGCAUUUGACCUAGAGUCAUAAAACAUAGAGGGUUGUAUUAUAACCUGUGCUGUGCACCUGGUGUUUUGUUUGUGAUUUCACCCAGCUUGACCAGAGUUAUAGUCCUUUUAAAAUACACAUGAAGGUCUUAAAAGUUUAUGUUGCAUAAAAUAUUUCACCUAGAGAAUAUCUUACAGUCUGUCUGCUUAACUCAAUAGAGAGAGCGCGGAGCUACAGAUUGCAGGGCCGUGAAUUUGAUUCAUGGGCAUGGCUUAUGUUCUCGUUGACAAUUUUAUAAAAGACGUUGUGUCCGAAAUCAUUCGUCCUCCACCUCAGAAUCAUGUGGGAAGUUGGCAGUUACUUGCGGAAAACAUAUUUUUUCUGGUACAGAAUCCGGGAACACUGGUUCGGUUAACUGCCCGCCGUUACAUAAAUGAAAUACUGUUGAAAAACGGCAUUAAACCCAAAAUAAGUAAGCAAACAAAACUUUGAGUCAUGAAACCGUGUACAGUGAUAGGGGGUGGUUAGGGCACUAGUGUCCUAUGGACACACAUCUAGUUUUCCAAAUAUUUUACCAGGAUCGAUCAUUUUGCUCCUCAAAAAGCUGUUUUCAGAAGAUGAUCAUAUGCUCAUUUUUUAGACUGUGCACUGUGAUGCAGUUAACUUCAAAUAAUAUAUAUAUAAACUUAGCCCGCUGGUGGCAAGUGUUUCUGCCUUUGCGACCAGUGCAGACCAAGAUCAGCUUGCUAAUCAUGGUCUGCACUGUUCCCUAUUCAAUCAGUAUCUUUUUGGUAAGCACCCCUUUUAACAGUAAAUCGUAUACAGUCAAAGUUGAGAGAUGGACAAGUUCAUUAUAGAAAUUUAGCAUGGUAAGGGUUAAGAGAACUUAUUUGGAGCCUAGUUGCCUUUCUUUCUUCCAUGGAAACUUUUUGUCACUUUUACACCCAGAUGGUACAUUAAUAGGACAGUUUUUAGCUCGACUAUUCGAAGAAUAAGUAGAGCUAUCCUACUCACCACAGCGUCGGCGUCACACCUUGGUUAAGUUUUUCGUACCAGUCCACAUUUUGACAAAGUCUUUUGAGAUAAAGCUUUGAAAGUUUCAACACUUGUUUACCAUCAUCAUGGCCAGUUAUAGGCAAGAGCACAUAACUCCAUCAAGGAUUUUGGCUUAAUUAUGGCCCCUUUUGACUUAGAAAUCAUGGUUAAGUUUUUCGUACCAGUUCAUAUUUUGACAAAGUCUUUUAAGAUAAAGCUUUGAAACUUUCAACGCUUGUUAACCAUCACCAUGGCCAGUUAUAGGCAAGAGUACAUAACUCCAUCAGGGAUUUUGGCGGAAUUAUGGCCCUUUUCGACUUAGAAAUCUUGGUUAAGUUUUUCGUACCAGUUCAUAUUUAGACAAAGUCUUUUGAGAUAAAGCUUUGAAACUUUCAACACUUGUUUACCAUCACCAUGUCCAGUUAUAGGCAAGAGUACAUAACUCCAUCAAGGAUUUUGGCUGAAUUAUGGCCCUUUUCGACUUAGAAAUCUUGGUUAAGUUUUUCGUACCAGUUCAUAUUUAGACAAAGUCUUUUGAGAUAAAGCUUUUAAACUUUCAACACUUGUUUA